AUGGCAGCUGACCUCCAGACGCCGGCGUGGUUCCUCUGGCCGGCCGUCCUCGGCGCCCUCCACGUCGCGGCGCUCUUGUCCCGCCUCCUCGCCCACCUCGCGCACUGCCUGCGCCGGCCCAGGGACUUCCGCCGGUGCUACGGCGCGUGGGCCGUGGUCACCGGCCCGACGUCCGGCAUCGGCCGGUCCGUCGCCCUGGAGCUCGCCGGCCGGGGCCUCAACCUCGUCCUUGUCGGCCUCGACGCCGCGGACCUCCGGGAGGUCUCCGACACGAUCACGUCCCGCCACGCCGUGGAGACCAGGACCGUGGUGUUCGACCUCUCCCUCGUCUCCACUCCCCAAGGCGACGAGGCGCUGCGGCGGCUCCGGGACGCGGUGGAGGGGCUGGACGUGGGGGUCCUCGUCAACAACGCCGGGGUGAUGAGGCCGGGCGCGGCGUUCCUACACGAGGGCGACGCGGAGGCGUACGUGCGCAUGAUCCGCGUGAACCUGUGGGCGCCGACGGCGAUGGCCGCCGCGGUGAUCCCCGGCAUGGCGGCGCGGGGCAGGGGCGCCGUCGUCAACGUGGGGUCGGGCUCCUCGGAGGCCGUCUCCUCCUUCCCGCUCCACGCCGUCUACUCCGGCACCAAGCGGUACCUCGCCAGGCUCUCCAGGGGCCUCGCCGCCGAGUACGCGGGCAGAGGGGUCGACGUGCAGUGCCAGGCGCCGCUGUUCGUGGCGACGGAGAUGAUGGCCGGCUUCUCGGGGGUCUGGCGCAACAAGGCGCUGGCGCCCACCGCCGACGCCUACGCGCGCGCCGCGGUGCGCUGGGUCGGGCGCGGCGGCCCGCUCUGCGUGCCCAGCCUCCGGCACCGGCUGCUGUGGUGCCUCCUCGCCGCCGUGCCGGGUUGCGUCCAGGACUGGGUCUGCCUGCGCGAGGGCAUGCGGCAGAGGAGAUCGUCGCCGGCGUCGGCGUGCACGCCGCGUGCCAGCAACUGAGUAGGGAACUGGGUCACGAGUCACGAGUUCUUCGCUGAAGCCGAUGGGGCGGUGUGGCACCAGUUCACUGGACAAAGUUUCUGAGCUUAUUGACAGUUACGCAGGAAAAUUGAAUGUGGAUGUGAUUCGUGCAAAUUUCUUGCAACCGGAUGUGGAGGCACUCUUGAACAUACCUCUAAUCUCUAAAUCAUGCCGGUAAUGAAGAUGCUUCGACUAGGGUUUUGGAGAAGUCGGGCAUCUAUUCUGUAAAAUCCCAUGUAUCGUUCUUUGGUACUUGUAACAAGCUUUAGCUCUUUAGAGGAAGGGCCGGUUACAGAAACUUUAUCCGUAAGUAAACAGUUGUGAACUGUUUUGUGGAAACUUA